UGACAUUGAAGUAUUUUUCCACCGUACAGUUCUCAUAGCGUUAAUUAGCGGUGGGAGGUGGUACUGCAAGGCGCUGUAGCCUUUAAACGGGUUCAUUCAAUGCAUUUAAUUAGAAGUGAAAGUGAAGCGAUUAAGCUAGGUAAACUGUUUAGCAAUUAGCAUUUCUUAGCAUCUCGGUUGUCAGGUGGAGAACUCCACAUCACGUCACUGAGAUUUAUUGGUGAUAACGGUUUAGCCACCGCCAUAAUAAGUUACCCAGAAGUUGUCCAGCUAAAAAAAAAAAAGUGUAGCCAUACCUCUCAAAAGUCUGAAUUGUGUAGCUUAUAAGCGGUCGGCUCAGUAACAGGCAAAACUGUUUGGGCGUUUGCAACCCGGUCCUCUCUCCGCUGCCACCGGCAGGAAGAACCACACACACCGGGAAGUCAACAUCGCCUUUGGCCGGCACGAGGCCGCUGUUCCCGGACUGACUGGUUGGGAAAGUCCCUGGAUGCGUGGGCCCGCCUGCUUCAUCACUCGAUAUGUUCCUGCAGCUCAUCUCCAUCAGCUCCUGGAUGGGCUGUCCUCGCACGCCAUUCGUAAUAAUCCCCCUUUAAUAGAAGAGGCGGCUGGGGCCAUCCGACCUCUUGUUUCCACGGUGAUCGCCACAACAUCAGAGGGCUACCUGGACCACGCCCUGGAGCGAGCCAAGUACAGAGCCAGCGAGAUGCCUCAGGGCUUCACGUAUGACGUCAUCCAUCGAGCCUAUCAGAGGGCACGCCCACUCUGCUGUGGUUGGUGACACUGCCGAGGGCAUAGAAAAACACUUCCUGUUUGUGCCGCCAACUGACUGGUCCACCUCUAGGAGGCGCUGCAAUGGACCCCCCCUUUGGUUGAUGAUCAUCCCAAGAUCGGCAGCGAACCAACACUCCUGAUGGCUCGCAACCAGUCCAGGGUGGACCCCGCCUCUCCGCCAGUCAUUACCACUACCACACGAGGCCCUCAUGGGGGAUAACCCUUGCAACAUCUCCACAUACCCGGCUGCUGUUUCACGCCCCUGCACAACCUGAAGCUCCAUUGUUCCAUUGAAGGAUCAUGACGCCCCCCCCCAGCCCUCCACUGUGCCAAGUGGAAAACAUCUCAGGACAGUCUGCCUUUGGGGAUGCCACAGGUGACAAAGAUGAGGUAUGGGGGGCACCACCUCAUCUUUCACAUCAUGCCACUUCUGGCUCCGCCCACCAGCCCCUUUUUCCGAAAGGCAGAGAAAAAGAUGGCCACCUGAGUUCAAGUCCAAGGAAAAAUGCCCAGCGAUUGUUUUUCCCGAUUGUGAGCUGUUUUAAGGGUGCAGAUUUAUUGCGGCGUUCCGUGUCAGGAGGGCGAUCGUAUGUAUGCGGUCAGCAGUGACCCAGCCUCCCUCUCACGUUACACCCUAUUUAUAACGUCCCCUCCGCCGGCUCCCCUCGUUCUGCUGCAGCUCCUCGGGACCUCCUCCUCCUCCUCCUGCUCCCAGUUUCCAAACCUCCAAGCUGCCUUCUGACAACUGAGAGGCUCGGCCGGCCUCCGUGUUUAUCCCGCUCCAGCCUGGCAACCAAGCGGAUUACCACAGGAAGGACCCCCCCCUCCCCCUCUCGGACUUUUCUUCCUUUUUUUUGCAACAGCGGGGAAAAGUUCUGUGGAAGCUUCUUGGAUAUGUGCUGCUCAUCUUUUUCCCUUUAGCUUGCUUUAGCAGCUCCUGACCUUCCACCUUCCUCCUUGCCAUGGAUCACACACUGUUUGGCUGCCUGCGUAGCCCCCACGCCCCCACACAGGGCCUGCACCCCGCCGCCUUUGCCCCGUCCCCCCUCACCCUGCACGGACGCUCGGACCACAUCUCCUACCCGGACCUGGCCUCCUCUUCGUCGUCCUCCUCUCCUUCCUCCACGUCCUCGCCGUCCACUUGCAUUAUCUCCAGCUACGUUUCCGAAGACGGCCUCUACCCCGGGAACCACCACCACCAGCACCAGCACCAGCACCAGCACCCCCACCACCAUCACCCCGCUGCCCAUCGUGGCCACGUGCAGCAGCAUCAUCACCCCCCCGCCCAGCACCACGCUGCCUGGCAUGUCCCCCAGAUGCCCUCGGCCGGCGGGGGUGCACGGCCCAACCUCUGCCACCCACACGCUCACCUGUCCCACGACAACGGGCCGCCCCCACCGGACCUGGGACACCCAGGAGGGCCCGCUUUGUGCGCCACCACCCCCAGCCUGGGUGGCAGCAGCACCCCCACGGGGGCCUCCUGCGCACCCGCCGAGUUUGGAAGGCCGACGCCAUCGCCCGCUGAGGCUGAGAAGAGGAACGGGAAAAGGAAAAGUGACAGCUCAGAAUCCCAGGACGGGAGUUACAAGUCGGAUCUGAGCAGCAAGCCCAGGAAGGAGAGGACGGCCUUCACCAAGGAGCAGAUCCGGGAGCUGGAGGCCGAGUUCGCCCACCACAACUACCUAACCCGACUGAGGCGAUACGAGAUCGCCGUCAACCUCGACCUCACAGAGAGACAAGUAAAGGUGUGGUUCCAGAACCGGAGGAUGAAGUGGAAGCGCGUGAAGGGCGGUCAGCAGGGUGCGGCGGCCCGGGAGAAAGAACUGGUGAACGUGAAAAAGGGGACACUGCUGCCGUCCGAAUUCUCCGGCAUGGCGGCUUUGCACCACUCCACGGACUCUCUGGCCAAUGACGACAGUCAUGACAGCGACCAGAGCUCGGAGCACGCUCACUUAUGAUCCUGUUUUGCAACAUCGUCGUACAACGAUGCUAAAUAAGUGUAGGAGAUAAUAUCCUGACGCCACAGUAGGAAUAUUAUAAAGGUGAGAUUUUGGCUACUCUGACUAAAGCAGUACAAGUACAAGUGUAAACAUUCCAUGUUUGAUUUGCACUGCCUCCGACACACGGAUCGCACGUCACCCAGUCCGCCCUGCAAUGCCGUUCUUCCUGCAAAUAAGACCUUUUUCGGAAUUUUGUAGCAUGACUUUUGAGGUCUGCUGACUGAAGCGUCCCAUUCAAGACAUUUUCACGAUGAAAAUCCAUCAUCGCCCCGCGACAAUUGAUUUGGUCUGCGCUCACUGAGGUUCUGUGUUCUAUCUUCAGCUUGACAAGCUUCUAUCCCGGGACAUCCUGCAAAGUCUGCUAUGGAUCUGAUACCAAGUAAAUAUCCGGUAUGGCCGGUACUGGUACCCGUUUUUUUUUUUUUGCUUUUAAUUUGUUAUCAUGAUUCCAAUCUUACAUACAAAUUCAUUUGAACGAUUUAACAAUACAGUCAAUUCACCUUUCACCCACAUUUUUUGUACAAUUUUGUAUGAAACUACACUUUUCCACAGUUUUGACACAGUUUUCAACUGAAAUUGUUUUAGUUUUUUUUUUUUUGCAGUAUUACACAUUAGAAACUACAGUUUGAAAAAUUUACACUGAAAAAGUUCCAUCCGUUCCUCAUUUCUCGAUACUAGACUUAUUCUCCAUAAAAUGUAUUCCAUGUAAAUGUAUUUCAUUCCAAAAACAUGCUAGGUUAAUUAGCCACUCCAAAUUGUCCAUAGGUAUGAAUGUGAGUGUGAAUGGUUGUUUGUCUAUAUGUGCCCUGUGAUUGGCUGGCCCCCAGUCCAGGGUGGACCCCGCCUCUCGCACGGAAGUCAGAUGGGAUAGGCUCCAGCACGCCUGCGACCCUCGUGAGGAUAAAUGAAUGAAUGAAAAUUGGAUAAUCUCAAAUCUCUGAUAUUGUGUCGGGGGAUUUCAGACUGCGGCCCAGCACGUCUAUGUGGUCACAACAGUCUUUGCUGUUAUGCUAACAAGUAUGCUAGCAAGUAGCAGGAGUGAUGUCAACCAAGCGGCAGUAAAAAGACAUUGCAAUGAAUGUGAGUGUGAAUGGUUGUUUGUCUAUAUGUGCCCUGGGAUUGGCUGGCCCCCAGUCCAGGGUGGACCCCGCCUCUCUCCCGAAGACAGCUGGGAUAGGCUCCAGCAUACCCACGAGACCCUAAUGAGGAUAAGUGGGAUCGAAAAAUGGAUGGACGAUUGGAUUUUUGGGCGUCCGGAACAAAGGAAUUGGGUUUCCAUGAUUUUCUACGGAGAAAAAAAACUGCUUGGGUUUUUUUUGUACAUCUCGGUUUUCGCCUGCCCGUUUGGAUCAAAGUAAUAACAAAAACCGAGGUGACACUGUAUUUAAUACAACAAUAUAACACAAUGUACCAAGCUCAACACUCAUUACAUACUAUUGUUUGAGCAAAAUAAAAAAAAAACUACUAAUGUUUCUCAUUUUUCCAUAUUGUACAACAAUAUGAACGACACAACAACAAAGCAUAAAAAAUUAAUUGUGAAAAUAAACACAAGAGAACUGAACAACAACCAUCUCAAUACCCUAGUAUCCAUCUGAUACUGAUAUUAAUACUACACAUAGUAGUAUACCUGGGGAUAUUCUAAAAAUGUAAUUAAUUCCAUAUUAAGAUAUUUUAUGACACUAACUAGCCUCGUCAGCUAAGAUGUUUUAUUCCGAUAGUUUAGACCAUGGGUGUCCAGACUCUUUCCAGCCAGGUCCACAUACUGAGUAAAAAAAAUAGUACUAUAAUUACUUUAUGCCCAUAUUUGGACUCCUUCUCAACAACUUUUUCUCCAACCUAAUUUUCCCAAAAGCAACAACUCUGUUUUUCUCAUAUUAUGACUUGUAAAAAUUUUUAAUAUUUUCAACUAAAAUGACCUUUUCUUUCCUGCUUGUAUUGCCAGUUUAUUCUUCUAAAAUGGAUAAAAUCAUGUUUUCUUGUUGCAGUGUUACUUUGUUAAUAUUUUGACAUUAUUCUUUAUUAUUAUAAAAUGACAGCUGUU